UCUUUAUCACAGUGUCACUUAAAAGCAGAUCUUGUGCGACAGAUACUUUUAUUUACGACCAUGUUUCAUAUCGUCCUCGUUCAGCUGCUCCUCUUUAACAGCUCCGACUUUAACAACAGCACUUUAAGCAAUUCCUCAGCCGUGUCCAUCAUGUCUGUGGAUUGGGUCGGUUAUGGAUACGCAACCCUGGUGGCAUCUGGAGGAGUUAUUGGUUAUGUCAAAGCAGGCAGUGUUCCUUCCCUGGCAGCAGGUCUUCUGUUUGGGGGCCUCGCAGGUUUUGGUGCCUACCAGAUCUCCAAUGACCCAAAUAACAUUUGGGUUUCUUUAGCUACAUCUGGAGCUCUGAGUGGCGUCAUGGGAAAGAGGUUCUACGGAUCCAGGAAGUUUAUGCCAGCUGGUUUGAUGGCUGCAGCAAGUAUCCUGAUGGUGGGAAAGCUCAGUUUGUCACUGCUGCAGAAACCAGCCGAGUCCUGAUGAAGUGAACGUGUUAAAACUCUCUUGUGGAUCUUCUGCUUGGGGAGCAGCCACUCAAUCUGUUAUGUUAGAAACCAUGUCUUUUUUUUAAGAUGCUGUAUAUUUGAGGAUUAAAUAUAUGACCUUGUUUAUA